CUUGAGCGCGAACCGUUAGCACCUGCGUUCAUUAUCAUUAUUUUACUUGAAUUGUCUCGGGAACGAUCAAACAUUUCCUGCGCAAGGAUCAGCAGAGUUGUAUCUGUGGCCAGUGCGUAUCCAUCCUUUCGUGAGGAAACUGUACUUGGAGUAACGAUUACGCGGCCACGAAAGGGCGAUCUCUCGUCAAAAUCAAGCUCCAGGCUAGCCUCGCGAACGCAAGAUGCUCGCUAACAAGUUCCAAACUGUUCUUUGUGCUCGAACAUUUUCACGGCAAUUGUUCAAUGGGCAUGCAAUUUCCUGGAAAAGAUGCCUAACCGGAUCUUUAUCGGAGGAACCAAAAAAACCGACGGUCACAACAGAAAUACCAGGGCCUCAAUCACGUACUUUAUUACAAGAACUCAAUACAAUACAACAAGCCUCUUCCGUACAAUUCUUCGCAGACUACGAAAAAUCAAUAGGUAACUAUAUAAUGGAUGUCGAUGGGAAUACUCUACUCGAUGUUUACAUGCAAAUUUCAUCAAUGCCUCUGGGCUACAAUCAUCCAGCUAUGUUAGAAGCUCUUAGCGAUCCUGUCAAUCAGAAAAUUAUAGCGAAUCGGCCAGCAUUAGGCGUAUUUCCUGGAAAGGACUGGCCAAAUAGGCUAAAAAACGUAUUGCUCCAUAAGGAGGUUGCUCCGCCAGGAUUGUCUCAUGUCACAACGAUGAUGUGCGGCUCUUGCUCAAAUGAAAAUGCGUUUAAGACAAUUUUCAUUUGGUAUGCUGAAAAACAAAGGAAGGGUGCUCUAUUUACGAAAGAAGAAAUGGAAACUUGUAUGAUGAAUCAAAUUCCUGGCACUCCGCGAUUUUCCAUACUUUCAUUCAAAGGAGCGUUUCACGGACGAACGUUGGGUUCUCUUUCAACGACGCACAGUAAAUACAUUCACAAGAUAGAUAUCCCGGCUUUUGAUUGGCCCAUUGCAUCGUUUCCUAUAUAUAAAUAUCCUUUGAGUGAAAAUAUGCGAGAAAAUGAACAAGAAGAUAAACGAUGUCUAUCUGAGGUAGAAGAAUUAUUUGAAAAGUACAAAAUUGAAAAAAAAAUGCCAAUUGCUGGUGUAAUUGUUGAACCCAUUCAAGCGGAAGGAGGUGAUAACCACGGAUCUCCGGAAUUUUUCCAAGCAUUACGACACAUAACAAAAAAACAUGACGCAGCAUUAUUAAUCGAUGAAGUACAAACAGGUGGUGGUCCAACGGGAAAAAUGUGGUGUCACGAACAUUUCAAUUUAAAAUUUCCCCCAGACUUAGUAACUUUUAGCAAAAAAAUGCAACUGGGCGGUUAUUAUCACGUUGAAUCAUUCAAACCUAAACAAUCUUAUCGUAUAUUUAAUACCUGGAUGGGAGAUCCUAGCAAAAUAAUAUUACUUGAAGCAGUGUUGAAAACAAUAAGAGAAGAAAACCUAUUACAAAGGGUUACGACUGUUGGUGAUUAUACGUUAAAGCAAUUGAUGAAUUUGCAAAAUGAAUUUUCGACAAUAAUUAAUUCAGUACGUGGACGUGGAACGUUCAUUGCAUUUAAUUGUACCUCGCCCGAACUACGAGAUACAGUGAUUAAGAAACUUUUAGCCAAAGGUAUCCAAACCGGUGGAUGUGGAACUGCAGCGAUAAGAUUAAGACCCGCCUUAACGUUUACAGAAAAGCAUGCUGAUAUAUUUAUGGAUUCCCUUCGAUCCAUUUUAAAACAAUAA